AUGCCGCCGACACCGUCGUCCAUAAUCUCAGAUGCUCUGAACUCCCUUUCGAAGGCAACUAACAUUGCGCUUGCGACUGUUGAAGACCAAGCCCGGUCAGAUGUCGCACGCGCAAACGCGGAAGCAAGCGAGACGCGCCGCGAACGUGAUGACGCGCUCAAGCAGCUUCACGCCCUCAGAAUUGAGGAGAGGGAUUGGGAGAGACGCGAAGAAGCUUGGAAAGCCGCUUUAGACAAGGCUGAACUGACUAUCAAACAUCACAACGAGACCAUUGCCCAUCUGAGGGCGGAAACACAUCAAUGGAAGGCACAGCUCUCGCGGUUGGAGGAGACCUCACGACAAGAGAUUGCGGACUGGAAGGAGCAAUACCUUCAUGCUGAACAAGAUCGUUGCCACUUGUCUUCGCGCAUCAACGAGCUAGUUGCAGAGCAGCUCGCUUGGAAUACCCAGGUAAAUGCAGGCGUGGUGGCCACAACCCAGAAGACACCAUAUCCUGAUUUCUAUGACUCAUCCACAUCGUCGACGACUACCAAACGGGCCUCUACAUUGUCGGCGGUCCCCUCCCUGCACAAGCAACAAACGCCAUUACUUUCUGCACAACCCGGUGACGAGCCUCAGUCACAGCCACGCAAGUCGCGGCCCGCUCAGACACCUUCCAAAGCUGCGCCCAAUGCCGUGAAAGCAGUGGCACCCACACCAUCACGCGCUUCACAAAUACAGACCCGUGUUAAUGAACCGUCAGGACCGACAAGCAAGACGCUGCGCACAUCUCAAGCUCCACAUCUCUCAACUACUCGUAUGACGCCCGGCUCUCGCUCCAAGCAGCAGGCUGAGGCCCAGCCGCUACAGCAGCGUGUCAUCCGUCGGGUUCAAGCUAUCAUCUCUGUCCCUGUCAAGGAAGAGGAAGAUUCUGAAGGCGAGGGCCUUGAGUCAGAGGCAUCCGGCUCGGCGUAUGAGCCGGAUGAGGAGCAGCCCAUAAGACGUAAGAGAGCCGGGCGGAUGUCAGUUUCUGCCAAGGAGAAGCAGGCGCGCGCCUGGAGAGAAGAGGACGACGGCGAAGACGAUGAGGAACAGCCAGUGCAUGGACGGGCACCACGACGAGCAAGGCACAUUCAGGCAGACGAUUCUGAUGUAGAUGAACUCGCCAUGGGUAUUGGGGACGAUGAGGAAUAUGGCCAGGCUAUCGUUGCAAGAAAUAGUCCUCAGAAGAAUGCACGCAAGGACACGAGCGGGCGUCCCUCAUUGGGCUCUAAGAAGCGGAAGCUGGAUACUGGGACUACUCCAGGGUCUCGAGGGACUACGACGAAGGUCGCGCGCAAAAAAUGAGCAUAUCAAGACCUCGUGAACUGAUGACUGUAUCCCUACUGUGGCUGUUUUGUAUCCUGCCUUUGCUCUCCUGACGCACCUACACAUCUUAAGUCGCUGUAUUCACAACCUAAUUCUUACAUGUAGCCUCCACAGCCUAUUGU